CCAAAGAUAAAGAUACACAGAAAAAACAAUCUUCGAAGAAUCAAACAUACAGAGUUUUGAGGGUUUAGGUUUUGCUUUCAACGUUGGUAAUUUUUUUCCCAGGGAAAUAGUUCAUUUGGCAGUUCAUUCAUUUGUGAGUUUUGUGGAGAGAAGCUUUUUCAAUGGCCAAGAGAACUGGAACCAGACCUGGGAAACUGUCUGUGUACCUCUACAUUCCCAAUAUCAUUGGAUAUCUAAGGGUCAUUAUGAACAUCAUUGCCUUUGCUCGGUGCUACAACAACAAAUGGCUUUUUUCUGUUCUAUACUUUCUCAGCUUUGUAUUGGAUGGUGUCGAUGGUUGGUGUGCUCGCAAAUUCAAUCAAGUUUCAACAUUUGGAUCUGUUUUGGACAUGGUAACAGACAGGAUUAGCACAGGUUCCCUGUUAGUAAUUCUUUCCCAAGUAUACAGGCCUGGCUUCAUCUUCUUGUCACUGCUUGCCUUAGAUAUUGGUAGCCACUGGCUGCAAAUGUACAGUACUUUCUUGUCAGGCAAGGUUAGUCAUAAAGAUGUAAAAGACAGUUCUAAUUGGCUUUUCAAGGCAUACUAUGGAAACAGGAUGUUUAUGGCAUAUUGUUGUGUGGCAGUUGAGGUUCUGUACAUAGUGUUGUUCCUUCUUGCAGAAAACCAAACUGAAAGUUUGAUGGAUGUCUUGACGAGGACUGCAAAGCAGAGUUUACUUAUUUCUUCUAUACUUGCUCUUAGUGUACUUGGAUGCACAAUCAAGCAAACUGUUAAUGUUAUCCAGAUGAAGACCGCAGCAGAUUUGUGUGUGCUUUAUGACAUCGACAAAAAGCAGAAGCCCUGAUAGCUUUAAUUGUUGACAGACAUCUUUGUAUUCUGCUGCCAGUGUCAAAUACGUGUUCAAAUUUGCAUCAUAAGUAACAAAUAUGCCGACUAUCUAUCAAUUGAUAAUCACCUGAUGCUAGUUUAUAACUCUUAAGAGACAGCUUUCUGUUUCCCUUCUUUCCCCCCAGGUGCUAUGGGAGCCCUUGGGCUUGAAGAUGGUUUUGUUCAUUUCAUUUUUGGAUUUUGUUUUUGUUUGUUUGUUUUUAUUUUUUUAUUUUUUUAUAGUUUCCCCCAUAGUCUAUACUGGGUGAGUGUAUGCCAUGAAUUCACAUAGCUUGCAUGCUAUUGCCUAAUUGGCAACUUGAUUAGUGAUGAAUACUGAAUUACUGAUGAUGAUACUACUAGAAUGCUGUUCAAACACUAUAUAUUACUUUAACACUCAUUAAUUGCUU